AUGAGUUACGGGCAGACUACCUCAGCUUUAACCCAAAAGCCAACCCUAUGGCAACAAGUUGGGCCAUCCGAGAAGACGGUGAAAGGAAUCGUCAUUGGUGGUCUUACUGGUGCCAUUGAGAUCUGUAUCACCUUCCCAACAGAGUACGUCAAAACUCAAUUGCAGCUGGACGAGAGAAGUGCUCAACCUAAAUAUAAGGUAGGGUUUGGGGGUGUUUUUGACCGAUUUAGCUAAAAAUGUAUUUUUUAACAUUUGAGUACAUUAGAGUUUAAUUAUUGAUAUUACUGAUAAAUUUUUUAAAAUUUGAACAAAUUUUUUUUUGAAAUUUUAAAAAUUUUAAGUUUUUAAAAUAUUUUCAGGGCCCAAUAGACGUAGUAAAGCAAACAGUACGCGGCCAUGGCGUCUUCGGCCUUUACCGAGGACUAUCAGUACUACUUUAUGGUUCCAUCCCCAAAUCAUCCUUCAGAUUCGGUACCUUCGAGUACCUGAAAGGAAACGCGGCCGAUGAGAAAGGCAACCUAACGCCAGUGAUGAGAUUGUUAUGUGGAUUGGGAGCCGGAUUGUCAGAAGCGUUCUUUGUGGUAACUCCAAUGGAAACCGUUAAAGUCAAGUUCAUUCACGAUCAAACUUUGGCCAACCCUCAGUAUAAGGGAUUCGUGCAUGGCUUGAGGACUAUUGUUAAGAAUGAAGGCUUUGGGGUAGGUUUUUGAAGUUUGUUUGAAGGCUGAGGAGGAGGUAGGUAAAAAAAGUUAAAAAAUCAUUACUCCGCUUCUAUGAGUGCCUAUACUGAUACUCAUACCUUUCUUUGUACCUUAUUAACUAACCCCUUUGGCUACAAACAUCAAAAAUGCCAUUGUCAACUUGACCAAUCUUAAUAUCUCAUCUUUCAGGGCCUCUACCAAGGCCUAACCGCCACAAUGGCCAAGCAGGGCAGUAACCAAGCCAUCCGCUUUUUCUGCAUGGAAACCAUGAAGGACUGGUAUCGUGGCGGCGACAACAGCAAGACUAUCUCCAAACCCAUCAUUGGCUGUAUGGGUCUUCUGGCCGGUGCCGCAUCUGUAUACGGUAACACUCCAAUCGAUGUGGUCAAAACCAGGAUGCAAGGCCUGGACAGACACAAGUACAAGAACACUGUCGAUUGUGCCAUGAAGAUAUGGAAGAACGAAGGCUUCUUCGCCUUCUACAAGGGUACCGUGCCAAGAUUGAGCCGGGUUUGCUUGGAUGUGGCCAUUACUUUCAUGAUAUACGAUUCGAUCAUGGAGGCACUGAAGAAGUACUGGUAG